CGUCAAACAACACAUGGCUGUCCAUGGAAUCAUCAGGAAUCACAAGUGUGUUGUCUGUGAGAAGACUUUUGCCAGGAAAACUCAACUGAACACUCAUCUGUCAACUCAUGGAUUGUAAUAUACUAGUUAAAGAAGGAAAGUGCACAGCUCAGUUGAAUGGUGUUCUGUGUGAGUGUAUUCAGUGUAAAAGUGACUUUGGAACUUAUGUCAUGCCAAAUGGCGUAAAAGAUAAUAGAGGUUCCCUACGAUAUUAUAAAUGUUCACUCUGUGACUGCAGAUACAAAAACAAAAGGAUAUUGAGAAAACAUCAUCUUAAUAAACAUGCCAAUAUUAAUAAGUGCCAGUGUACAACUUGUGCCAAAUCAUUUUGCAGUUACUCUGCAUUGAAGUCUCAUAUUUCACGCAUACAUUUGGGAUGUUUAAAAAAAGAGAUUUGUAAAAUAUGUAACAAAGGUUUUUCCCAGAAAAGUUCCGUCAACAAACACAUUCGUGAAGUGCAUUAUCAAUUGAACAAAAAUCUCUCUUUUACAUGUAAACUUUGUAAUAGGUCAUUUGCUCGGAAAAGAAAUCUCACACGACAUACUUCUCGAAUGCAUGUGGAUACAAAGGAAUACCAAUGUGGAGAAUGUAACAGUGAUUUUGUGUGUAAAGAGAAUUUAGCGCAGCACAUCAAAAAACACCAUUUGCCUCAAGAGCAAUAUAAAUGUGCAAAUUGUGGCAGAAUUUUUACUGUUAAAGAUACUUUGAUGCAACAUCUUAGAAUGCAUCACUCAGGUACAAAUCAUGGUUGUGAAAUAUGUGGGAAAAUGUUCAAAAGAAAAGAUAAAUUGAAAUUACAUUUCUUGACACAUUCUGAUGAUAAACCGUACGUCUGUCACACUUGUGGCAAAGCAUUUAAAAGAGAGUGUAAUUUACAGCAGCAUGAGCAUACACACAGAGAUAACAGACCUCAUGAGUGUAACAUUUGUGGAAAGACAUUCAAACUAAGAACACAUGUCAAACAACACAUGGCUGUCCAUGGAAUCGCCAGGAAUCACAAGUGUAUUGUCUGUGAGAAGACUUUUGCUAGCAAAACCCAAUUGAACACUCAUAUGUCAACUCAUUGAUUGUAAUGUAACAUCCCUUACAUCAACUGUUCGCUUGAAUAAUUUUAAAUGCAAUCUAUAUAGAUAAAAUCUUACUUUUACUCAGAUGAGUGUUUUUAAUGAAGGUCAGUUACGUCAUUAGAUUUUUACAUUAUAAUCCCAUGAUGAUUCCUUCAGGCAGGCCAAACUAGCGAUUGAGCUGGACUAGAGUAGUCAUUUCUCAAAAUCUUGAAAUCUUAUAAGAUAAUUCAGAUGCAUUUUUAUCUGCUAAACAUUGUAUGUAAAGUAAUUGUACGUUCUACUGUGACGGUCGAACAAUUACUGUGGAAGCAAACACACUUGAAAUGUUCAAUCAGCGUAAACCUAGUAAACGGCAGAGAGAAACCUUUCUUACUUAUUUUUUUCUCAUUUCUUUAGAUCAAAUUAUUUCUGUAAAAAACAUUUAGCUAUAUUAUACAAUGUCGUGUAAGUUUAAUUAUUUAGGUUACAUUCAUCUUCUGCUUAUUUUAACUAAACGAUUCAAGGGUGUAAAAGUUAGAAUCGUAAUCAAAAUGGAGUUUUAUCUUUAAACUAAUAAAGUAUGAGUUAACUCACAAAAUAAUUAAAUGUAAACCUUUACUUUUAUUUUUUUAGGAAGAAGAUUGCUAUUUUAAAUAUUUGAACUAGAUUAGAAACAUUUUUGUAUACUUCAUCGUCAAGUUUGGUUUUAAAACCUGCAUAUUUUAAACUAAUUCUUAACACUUAACUGAAUAUUUUAGGUCCACCUAAUAACAACCAUCAAUAAUCUAUAUUUUUUGGUAGGUUCAAGCCCUGCUAAAACAAGCUUUUUCAAAUUUUUUUUUUGACACGAUCAAUAAUUUAUGUAUUUUUGGUUUUUAUGAGUUCUCAUUA